GGGGCUGCGGCCUGCUGCAGCAAAACUGAAGAUAUUUGCUCAUUACAGCAGCAUCAGCAGCAGCAAGAAGGUGUCUUUAUCUGCAGCAGAAGGAAGAAGACAAGCAGCUGCUGCAGCAUUGCGCUACACCGGAGUCGCAGCAGCAGCAGCCGCAGCAACAACAACAACAACAACCACAGCAGCAACAACAACAGAAGCAGCAGCAACCACGAUAGCGACAGGAGCAGCAGCAGCACCAUCAUCAGCCGCAGCAACAGCAGGAGGAGCAGCAGGAACUGCAGCAUCAUCAUCAUCAUCAUCAGCAGCGGCACUAGCAGCAGGAACACGAGCAGCAGCAGCAUCAUCCCCAUCAUCAGCAGCAUCAUCAGCAGCAGCAGCAUCAUCAGCAGCAGCAGCAUCAGCAGCAGCAGCAGGAGCAAGAGCAGCAGGAGCAAGAGCAGCAGGAGCAAGAGCAGCAGGAGGAGGAGGAGGAGCAGCAGCAUGA